AUGCGAGGUCAGGAAGAGUCCGGAACCAGAGAGAACCUGACAGAGAACCUGACAGAGAACCUGACAGAGAACCCGACAGAGAACCUGACGGAGAACCCGACAGAGAACCCGACAGAGAACCCGACAGAGAACCCGACAAAGAACCCAACAGAGAACCUGACAGAGAACCUGACAGAGAACCCGACCAAGAACCCGACAGAGAACCCAACCGAGAACCCGACCGAGAACCCGACCGAGAACCCGACCGAGAACCCGACCGAGAACCCGACAGAGAACGCAACCGAGAACCCGACCGAGAACCUGACAGAGAACCUGACACAUACAGAUCGGAUUUUGUGGGGAUUUUAG